CUGCCGACUGAUAAUCUCCGGGAAGGAAAGGCGCCAGGCAACAGCUUCCGUGACCGUGACCAUGCCCUGCGACGACAAGUGCGGCUGCGCCGUGCCGUGCCCGGGCGGCGCCGCUUGCAGGUGCGCCGGGAAGAAGCAGAGCAGCGGCGGCGGCGGGGCGGUGCCGGUGAACCCCGCGGCCGUGGCGCACACCACCUGCACCUGCGGCGAGCACUGCUCCUGCAGGCCGUGCGCCUGCGGCAGGCUCGGCUCCGGCGACGGCGCCGGCAGGGCCGACUGCACCUGCGGCCCCACCUGCACCUGCGUCGUCUGCACCGCCUGAUCAACCCAUCCAUCGUACUCGUAGCGUACCGUGUGUCUGUUGCUUCAGAUGUACCACCAGUGUUACCUGCUCUGUUCAGUCUACUAAUGGCAUGAAUAAGAAUCCUUCAUCUUCA